GAGCAUGACUAAAAUUGGAUUUUAAAAUCCCUAGCCCCUUUUUGUUUAGGUUGACACUAUUGAAACUAGAACGAAAAAAGAUCUCUUUUUUUAUUUGCUCAAAGAUGAUUUUGUUUGUUUCAGCUGCAAAUUUCUCUUGUUUUUCUUCAACCCACUGAGCUUUUGUACCAGGAAACCAAUGGCGAAGAACCAAUUCGAAAUUGCAAACUCAAAUUCAAACUCCCAUUGAUUGAAAUUGUGGAUCAGUUCUCAUGUUUCGAAGCAUCAAUGUCGUUUCCAGAAUUUUCGACCGCCAAAUUCACACUCCCUCUCCCGGAACCAGCGUUCAUUGUGCUCGUCGAUUCUAUGAGAAUUUAGUCCCAAGUUUUACCAUUUAUGAUGUGGAAUGCCCCGACCAUUCGUUUCGCAAGUUCACUGAUGAUGGUCAAUACCUUAUAAGUUUUAGCAGGAACCAUCAGGAUUUGAUUGUUUAUAGGCCAACUUGGCUGUCCUUUUCUUGUAAAGAAGAAUGUACCAGUCAGGAUCUUCCUCCUAAAGCGCGGAGGUUUGAGAGUUUCUUCACUCAAUUGUAUUGUGUGACUCUUGCUUCCUGCAAUGAGCUUAUUUGCAAGGACUUCUUUCUUUCGGUGGAGGGUAACCAGUUCGGACUGUUUGCUACCUCUACUGCUCAAAUUCAUGAUGCUCCUGCCACUGGAGAAGCUGUUCAAGGAGUCCCCUUUAUAGAGAAAAUAACAUUUCACCUCUUGAGGUUGGAAGAUGGAGUUGUGAUGGAUGAGAAGGUCUUUCGCAAUGAUUUUAUCAAUUUAGCUCAUAACAUGGGAGUAUGCUUGUAUGAUGAUUUACUUGCAAUUGUGUCCCUUCGGUAUCAAACUAUACAUGUUCUACAAAUCAGGGACUCUGGAAGCCUUGUUGAUGUGCGGGCUAUUGGUUCAUUUUGUCGUGAAGAUGAUGAACUUUUUCUCAAUUCCAAUUCUCAGUAUAUGACUACUUCUGACAGAAGUAGGUUACAUCACCUGCCUGGGAAUAACAUUGAGAAUGGUUCAAAUCAUGACCAGCCCAAUCAAGAUAAUCCCUUUUUGAGUGGCAUCAAACAGCGAUUGCUUUCAUUUAUAUUCCGAGGAAUAUGGAACGAAGAAACAGAUCAAACAACGAGGAUCCAAUGCCUUAAGAAGAAAUUCUACUUCCAUUUUCAAGAUUAUGUUGACUUGAUCAUCUGGAAGGUACAGUUCCUGGACCGACAUCACCUGCUAAUCAAGUUUGGUAGUGUAGAUGCAGGGGUAUCCCGAAAUGCUGAUCACCAUACUGCAUUUUUUGUUGUAUAUAAUAUGGAGACAACUGAGGUCAUUGCAUUUUAUCAGAACUCAGCAGAUGAGCUUUACUUCUUGUUUGAGCAGUUUUGUGAUCAUUUCCACGCAACAACUAGAAAUUCAUUGUAUAUGAACUUCAUAUCAUCUCACUCAAACAACAUUUAUGCUCUUGAGCAACUAAGGUCCAUGAAAAAUAAAGCUGGUAGUUCUCCACAGGUUCAGUUUGUGAAGAAGAUGCUGGCUUCUUUGCCUUUUAGUUGUCAGUCACAGAGUCCUUCCCCCUAUUUCGAUCAAUCUCUCUUUCGCUAUGAUGAGAAGCUGAUUUCUGCAGCUGAUCGGCACAGACAAUCGACAGAUCAUCCCAUUAAAUUCAUUUCCAGAAGGCAACCACAAACCCUCAAAUUUAAGCUUAAGCCAGGUCCUGAAGCCGGUACUAUAGAUAGUCGGACAAAAAGGAUUUCUUCAUUCCUAUUCCAUCCAUUUUUGCCGCUUGCGCUCUCCAUUCAGCAUACUUUGUUCAUGCAGCCAUCAGUUAUGAAUAUUCACUUCCGGAGAUGAGUUUCUUUGUACCUGCCUUUACUCAUUUUCCACUGCAUCUGUACAUUUGAUAUUUUAUUAAUUUUUGUACAUCCAUAAUUAUACUAUUAGCUCUGUGUGUGGGAAGAUCUUGUAACACUCGAAUGAAGAUAGGAAGAAGUCUUUGUAUCUUUGGUUAGGCAUUAGUUUCUUCGUUUCGCCCCAUUUUUUGUCGACUUUAGCAGUAUGUUUUAUGCUUAUCUAUUGGAAAUUUUAUGUUUAUUAGCUUAAA